CUACAGUUCCCAUGUGAUAAAAAGUGUGCUCUACAUUAUGACGUUCACACAACUCACUCAGGUAGCGAAUUUUUGCGGUGACUGCACAGUUUGAACACGCGCCAUGUUGAGUGGAAACAAAAGGUGUCAAUCCCACUGCUCGGUUGCUGGUUAAAUAACAUAGCUAGCAAAAAAAAAAAAUAAGAAACGAGUAUGAGAAGGGAAUUUUGGCGGGGCUGAUUGUACUUGCUGGAGGUUGUUACAAUGGCCCUGUAAGUAUCUCGCUACUUUGGACAGAGAAUUGUUUGGAAAGGGGAUUGGGCCUACGGAUGCUGGCAAACCAGUUCGUCAAGUUAUGUAUUUUUUGCUAGCAGGUUGUGUAGCGGGAAAUGUGUAUUAGCUAGCUAAAGUAGCUAACGUUGUCGUUAUUACGGUCUGACUUUCAACCCCAUGUAUUCAAGCGUUCUUGACAAGUGGAAGUUGCAAACGGCUAGUUAGCAUUUACAGGAGUUAGUUAGCAUAACAAAGCUAACGUUCGCUAUGUUUGCACCAUAUGUUUGCGCAAUCUAGCUAGCACGUAGCUAGUAGGCAAUUGUGAUUUGGAACCAGCUAGCUAGCUAGCUACAUGUUUGCUAGUGCCAAAGUUAAGCGAUACAAUUGAUAUUAGCAGUCUAACGUUAGCUGUGAGUGCUUGGAUCAUUUGCAAUAUUGGAAUUUGUCAGUUGUGAACCGUUACGCUAGCUACUACUCCAGUUCGUUUCUAUUUUAUUUGUCCUUCGCAAUUGAUUUGUCAGAUACAGCUAAAUUACCAUGCGGCUUCAUUGACAGUUUGAGAAAGUUGUCUGUUUUGGGGUCUUGCCUACUGCCAUUUCGGGGUAACUCUUAUGAACUGUUUUGCGUUGUGAUGGGUCACUAGACGUGUCAAAUCAAUUUGGUGCAAAAAUAUGUUCUCUUAGGCCUUUGUCAUGUCAACAUCAAACUGUAACGUUACAAAAUGUAACGAAGUUGAUGUUGACGAUGUCCUUAUUGGCUCUGUUCAGUCAAAACAUUCUAGAAAAUAUGAGGCAUGACAUCAGAAUCCACAUAUACAGUUAGGCCUUCGUGGUUUUUCCCAGAGCCCGUAUUAAGAUGUAUAGCUGUGUCUGUUUUCCUCUACCACCACACCCACAGAAUCCACAGCAAGCAAUGUAUGCUAGGGAGUCCGUAUUGAACAAACUUUAAAGCACACACUACAUGCUACAUUUGUAUGUGUUGUGAUGCCAUUAAGCUCUUUCUGUAUGGUUUGUCAUGUACAUUUGUAUUGAUCAUGUCCUUAUCUGUAUUAAUGGAUUGUUGAUGUGUGGAUAUUUCUUUGUACAACACCAAUAGAAAUUCCUAGUAACAUUUGUUGCAUGGCGCAUACAUUUAUUCAGAUCACAACCUGUCCUGUCCUGUUUUCAGUCAGGUGUCGUUGGGUCGGGAGACGCCCAAGCACUAUGGGAUCACUUCUCCUAUCAGCUUGGCCCAAGCCAAGGAGUCUGACCUGGUCCUCACACACAGGCUGACUGAGGCCCUGAAACCAUACGGGGUGUUCGAAGAGGAGCUGGAACUACAGCGCAGGUAGGAUGGUUGUCACUAGUAAAUGGUCAUUUUUAGAAUGGACACAAGUAGUAUCACACGGCCUAUGAGGAGGAGGAGAACUGUAUCCAAUAUCUUGCCAGUACAUCAGCCAAUUAUUCUUAGGUUGGGGUUUUGGUCAAUACUAGGUAAACUGUAUUUGUUGUUAUAAAGUGCCAUACUUAUGUAGUUAUUUAAAAAAUAUAUAUAUAUAGAUAUAUAUGAUGUGGGGAAUUUUUUUUGUUGCUUUACUGCUAUUAGCCCAUACAAGCGCAUUGAAUAACAGAUUCACUAGUCAUUUUUAGUCUUUUUUUUAGCAGACACUCCAGAGCGACUUACAUUUUCAUACUGGCCCCCCGUGGGAAGCGAACCCACAACCCUGGCGUUGCAAGUGCCAUGCUCUACCAACUGAGCUACAUGGAACAACAGAUCUGAGAGAGAUAAGAAAGAUCAGGAAAUAUAUAUUUAUUGAACCCCUUAUUUCUGGCACUAAACAGUCUCCAUAUACUUCCAUUCAUUAUUUCAACUGGUACCGGGGGACCUUAAGACGACUCUUUUGAAACCUGUGGGCGUCCGUGUUCAUGAGUCUCACCUUUCCAUAGAGAGGUCGUAAUAGUUUGUAGGCCAAACCAUUCGGACACUACUGACGAUUUUGUGAGUAGACAGAUUUUCGGGAUGUCUCAUGGUCUGACAAGCACCGCUCUAGCUCUGUCACCUUUCACCUCGGAUGAGGCAUCGGCGGAUGUGGUGGAUUGAAACACAUCCAAUGCAAAAAAAUAUAUAUCUCUCUCUAGCUUAAACUGAUGGAUGUUUUGUAUUAUGCUAAUUUGAUCUCCGCUGGGGUUCAACUCUAGGCGGUUAAACGUCAAAAUACCACAGACUUCCUCUAAAUCAUGUUUUGUUUUCCAUAGAAUACAUGUGUUGGGGAAACUAAACACACUGGUGAAGGAAUGGAUUCAUGACGUCAGUGAGACAAAGGUAUUCUUUUACUUUCGCCUUUAGAUAGUUCUCUCUGAUACAGCAGGGGUCUGGUGACGACGUCAAUGGGUGAGUCCCAAAUGUCACCCUAUUCCUUUUUAGAGCACUACUUUUGACCAGGGCUCUGCAUUAUAAAGGGAAAUAGUGUGCUAAUUUGGUAUGCAGAUAAUAUUGGGUUAUGACAACCGCAUGGCACCGUUACCAACCCAUGAUGCAACAGGUUGUAAGGACUGGUUGUUUUUUUUGUCUCCUAGAAUCUGCCUGCCUCAGUGAUUGACACUGUUGGAGGGAAGAUAUUCACGUUUGGCUCCUACAGGUUAGGAGUUCACACUAAAGGUAAAUAUUGUGUCAACUCUUCACUGCAAAAGUUACAAUAACAGUUGUUGUCCAACAGGAAUGCUCGUUUUCAUGUCAAAACAUUUUCCUCUUUUGGUACCUGCUGAACAUGACUCUACCAAACACUCGUGUUCAAACGUCCUCAAAACACCACAGAAUGGACUUCUAAACACGGCCUUCUGUCCCUGUGCUCUUCUCCUAGGGGCAGACAUUGACGCCCUGUGUGUUGCUCCUCGCCAUGUGGAGAGAACAGACUUCUUCUCCUCGUUCCUGGACAAGCUGAAGCAGCAGGAGGAGGUCAAGGAUUUGAGGGUGGGUGUAUUGGGAGAGUAGGACUUGUGUUGGUCCAGUAGGUGAGAGUGAAGUGGGUAUUGUAUUGGGAGAGUAGGACUUGUGUUGGUCCAGUAGGUGAGAGUGAAGUGGGUAUUGUAUUGGGAGAGUAGGACUUGUGUUGGUCCAGUAGGUGAGAGUGAAGUGGGUAUUGUAUUGGGAGAGUAGGACUUGUGUUGGUCCAGUAGGUGAGAGUGAAGUGGGUAUUGGUAGAGUUGGAGGUAAAGAUGCAUUCACAAAAAUGAAUGAGGUGCAGACGGUUCAUUAACUUUUCACCCUUUAUUUUCCAGGCUGUUGAGGAGGCAUUUGUCCCGGUGAUAAAGCUGUCUUUCGACAGCAUUGAGGUGUGACAUUUGAAAUUAUUUUUUGGUUCAUUAUUUCUUUAUAGGCCUAAAUGUGUAAAUUUGCAUUAUUGCAAGGAAACAUGCAAAACUGGUUCUGUACAUCCAAUAUUGAGAUGUACCACGUUUUUUAUUUUAUUUUUAAACGUCCAUGAUCUGUUUGUUUCUAGAUUGACAUCCUUUUUGCCCGGUUAGCGUUGCAAACCAUCCCAGAGAGUCUGGACCUCCGAGAUGACGGACUGCUGAAGAACCUUGACAUCCGCUGCAUCAGGAGUCUCAAUGGUAACACUGAGCUCUGGUCCUGAUGUGGUUCAGUUGGUGAAAGUGUGGCGCUAGCAGCACCAGGGUGAUGGGUUCGAUUCCCGCUGCGGUCACAUAUACUAAAAUGUACAGUGCAUUCGGAAAGUAUUCAGACCCCUUGACUUUCUCUACAUUAUGUUACAGCCUUAUUCUAAAAUUGAUUAAAUAGUUUUUUCCCUCAAUCUACACACUACCCCAUAAUGAUAAGCAAAAAACGUUUUUUAGAAAUUUUGGCAAAUGUAUAAAAAUUAAAUAAAUGGAAAUAUCACAUUUAUUCAGACCCUUUACUUUGUUGAAGCUCCUUUGGCAGCGAUUACAGCCUCAAGUCUUCUUGGGUAUGAUGCUACAAGCUUGGCACACCUGUAUAUAUAUUUAUUUCCCCCAUUCUUCUCUGCAGAUCCUCUCAAGCUCUGUCAGGUUGGAUGUACAGCUAUUUUCAGGUCUCUCCAGAGAUGUUCAGGCUCUGGCUGGGCCACUCAAGGACUUUGAGACUUGUCCCGGAGCCACUCCUGCGUUGUCUUGGCUGUGUGCUUAGGGUCGUUGUCCUGUUGGAAGGUGAACCUUCGCCCCAGUCUGAGGUCUUGAGCGCUCUGGAGCAGGUUUUCAUCAAGGAUCUCUCAGUACUUUUCUCCGUUCAUCUUUCCCUCGAUCCUGACUAGUCCCCCAGUCCCUGCCGCUGAAAAACAUCCCCACAGCAUGAUGCUGCCAACACCAUGCUUCACCAUAGGGAUGGUUCCAGGUUUCCUCCAGACGUGACGCUUGGCAUUCAGGCCAAAGAGUUCAAUCUUGGUUUCAUCAGACCAGAGAAUCUUGUUUCUCACGGUCAGAGUCCUUUAGGUGCCUUUUGGCAAACUCUAAGUGGGCUGUCAUGUGCCUUUUACUGAGGAAUGGCUUCCAUCUGGCCACUCUACCAUAAAGGCCUGAUUGGUGGAGUGCUGCAGAGAUGGUUGUUCUUCUGGAAAGUUCUCCCAUCUCCACAGAGGAGCUCUGUCAGUGACCAUCGGGUUCUUGGUCACCUCCCUGAACCCCCCUUUUCCCCUGAUUGCUCAGUUUGGCCGGGCGGCCAGCUCUAAGAAGAGUCUUGGUGGUUCCAAACUAAUUCCAUUUAAGAAUGAUGGAGGCCAUUGUGUUCUUGGGGACCUUCAAGGCUGCAGAAAUGUUUUGGUUCCCUUCCCCAGAUCUGUGCCUCAACACAAUCCUGUCUCGGAGCUCUACGGACAAUUCCUUCAACCCCAUGGCUUGGUUUUUGCUCUGACAUGCACUGUCAACUGUGGGACCUUUAUAUAGACUGGUGUGUGCCUCUCCAAGUCAUGUUAAUUCAAUUUAAUUUACCACAGGUGUAGAAACAUCUCAAGGAUGAUCAAAUGAAACCGGAUGCAACUGAGCUCAAUUUCGAGUCUCAUAGCAAAGGGUCUGAAUACUUAUGUAAAUAAGGUAUUUCUGUGUUUUUAUUUUAAGUACAUUUGCAAAAAUGUCUAAACCUUUUUUCGAUUUGUCAUUAUGGGGUAUUGUGUAGAUUGAUGAAAAAAAUGUAAUCCAUUUUAGAAUAAGGCUGUAAUGCAUUGUAUGUACUGUGUAUAUACACUGGACUGUAAUCGCUUUGGAUAAAAUCGUCUGCUGAACGGUAUCUCCGUACACUGAUCCAAGUUAAAAACAGUGUGGUUUGAAUGGCUGAAAGGCCUCUUAACAAUUGGUUGUUGGCUCACCUCUGACCCGUACCUACAGCUGUUUGAAAGCAACUGCUGUGUUGUAGGUUUCAAGUGUUCUCUCUGCAUUGUGUUGUAGCCUGACUGUCUGGCUCUAUUGUGACGCCGCGUUUGUUGGGCACAAUAAUGACUUGACGUUGUGUUCAGGUUGCAGAGUUACAGAUGAGAUCCUUCAUCUUGUACCCAACAUCGAAAACUUCAGACUGACUCUGAGGACCAUCAAGCUGUGGGCUAAACGUGAGUCGGAUCUGUAGUGUUGUUGCAUAGGAGCACAAUCACUUGCCUUGGUGGAAAACUGAACUGUGUGUUGAAUCAGUGUCUUCUGUAAGCGUCUGUGUCUACCUGCUUGUUGUCUGUACCUGUGUGUUUGAGUUGGUCCCUGUUUGUUUGUGUGUGUACUGUAUCUGUGUGUGUGUGUGCGCGUGCUGUGUAACACUGAGUGACUGAGACUGUUGUGGCUAGGCAGGUAGUGUUAUCUCACUCGUUCACACAACCAACUAAUGGCAUGUCAAUACGCUGGGCCCAAACUGACUUGCAACGCCACAGCCCUCAGGUCCUAUUCCCUAAACAGGAUUAUCCUGCCUAAAAAACAAACAAACUUGUCAUGGCUUUUUAACACACAGGAUAGACCAUGGCACUUAUUGCCAUGGUGAAUUUGUUUGGCUUGCAUAUUCUGCCUGGCAACCAACUGUCCAAUCAUGUUUGUGUUGCUGGAACAGAAGCAGCAGAGAGUCACUCACUGGCCUGUAGGCCAACCGGGUGCAGGUACUGAAUGUGGUUCCCUAGCUGUGGCUGUAGGUAUUUUAUUUAAAAUCUUGUGUAAACUAAAAGGCCAAUCCAAAAACAUCCCCUGCCCCUCCACCCCCAACUCUUUAGUGCUCUUUAGAAGCUAGAUAGCUGUAAGCGAUAUGGCAUAAGCAUCGCCAAGCUUAUUGGGAGACGAGGCAGAACCUUCAAGCUGAAUUGCAGGACCAGCUAAAUUUCACUGUUGCCUGAUGAUCAUUAGUGUACUGGCAAGUAGCUCUAUUACCAUCACAUGUGGAAUCGGCUUGUAUACUAAAGAUGUGAUAAAUAUACUUUUUGUCUUUACAUUUUAAACUACCGUUUUAAUCGGUUUUCUGUUAAAAGAUAAGAAAAAUUCAUAAAAUUCCAAGUGAAUUGAAGUUGUCAUUCUCAUACUGUGCCAGACUCAAAUUCUGAGAAUUGAUUCGGGCCAGGCAAGUCAUGUGUGGAAUACCAUUUACAUUUUAGUCAUUUAGCAGACGCUCUUAUCCAGAGCGACUAACAGUUAGUGAGUGCAUACGUUAUUAUUUUUUCAUACUGGCCCCCCAUGGGAAUCGAACCCACAACCCUGGCGUUGCAAACACCAUGCUCUAUCAACUGAGCUACAUCCCUGCUGGCCAUUCCCUCCCCUACCCUGGACGACGCUGGCUACGACAGAGACUGGAUUCGAACCAGGAUCUCUAGUGGCACAGCUAGUACUGCGAUGCAGUGCCUUAGACCACUGUGCCACUCGGGAGACCAUUUGACUUGGUUGUGGAAACUACUGGAGAAUCCACUGGCCAUGUGAAAUGUGGAGGGUGCGAGGCGUUUCUAAAAUAGGACCGCAGGAAGACUGGUAGGCUACUUCUCUGAGUCUGCAUGCGUAUGUUUGGAACAGUGAAAACAACACGAAACAAAUUAUAAGAAAUCCCAGAAGGUCUAUACUAACAGGUUUUAAAGGCUUUAUUAGAGCAAAGAUGAUAACAGUUGCAUGCAUUGGUGAAUGUUGCAAUUGCUUUAGACGACGUUGCGAUUUUUAUUUGUUUAAUUAUUCAAGGCUCCCUUUUUUUUAUUUCGUUUUAAAACAAAAAAUGCUUGAAUUGUAUUUAAUGACUCGUAUGCUGUGUUGACAUAAACUAAUGAAUGAUUCAUAUUAAAGUAUAGGCCCAAGUAAGUUACGUUAUGCCAGCUAAACAGGACGCGCUCUUAGGCUUCUUAGAUGGUGGUUAUACAAGGCUAUAGUAUACUAAGCCUACUAAUGACAUUGGCUUACUUAUGAUGAUAAUUGUAGCCUAAUAGUAACAAUAAGAAGGAUAUCAAGAAGGAGGGUAGGAGAAGUGUAGCUCAGUCCCGUGUAGCUCAGUUGGUAGAGCAUGGCGUUUUCAACGCCAGGGUUCUGGGUUCGAUUCCCACGGGGGGCCAGUAUGAAAAUGUAUGCACUCACUAACUGUUAGUCGCUCUGGAUAAGAGCGUCUGCUAAAUGACGUAAAUGUAAGUGAGCGCUGUGUGCGUUUUUAGGCCAGUGUCUGUCAAACAGAUGCUGUUAGAUUUAGAAGGGCCUAAAAUUAACCCCCGCCACCUGCCAAAUGUUGGUAGAUUUUGGCAUUGGUAAGAUGUCUAUUUCAUUAGCUACGUUGGCGGGUGGUCAGGGCUCCACAGUGCGAGCUUUCACUUGCAUUUGUGAAUAAAAAUAGUCAAGUAUGAUCACAUUUGCAGUAAAAUGCUGCAGUUGCUGUUUUCAAAGUAGUUUUGUUUCAUAGCUGGUUAAAUUUAAUCGCACAAAGUCAAAGAACUAGGAAUCCUAUGUAGCCUAUCCCCUUGCACUGCAACACUGCCUGGCUGGGUGUGUGAUAUUUUGGAUUAGACUCGGGUCACAAAAAAAAUGAAAUUAAAAAAUACACCACAUUAUUUCUCACUAGAAAUGCAUGUAUGGUUUUAGAAACAUUACAAAGCAUGCUUAUCUGUUUUAUUUAGUGUUGGUUUAAUUUUAGCGAUAUAAAAAUAUUUUGGCUGGUAAAAAAGUGGCUGGUGGACCCAAAACAUUUUUUGGGGGCCCUGUAGAUCAGGCUACAUAUUUCUUUUCCCUGACCGUUUGGAACAGUGUAAACACUAAAUAAAUUCUAAGAUAUCCCAGAAUGUGUUCUAACAAACUAUUUUUAAAGCCUUUAUUACAUCAUGGCAAAGAUUUAAAAACAGUUGAAUUCGUGAAAUUGCUUCAUUCAGAUGUUGUGAGUCUUAGAGCUCACGGAAUCCGUAUUAAACAUGCACUCAAAACAGGCAACGGAACCAGGAUCUGUCUUUAAUUUCUGAAGAUAUUUAUGGAUGCUUUAUAAAUCCUGGCACAUUUUAACAGUUGAUUUUAUAACGAAGUUGGGUUUUACUCUCCUGACUCUUUCUUAAGGAAAGGGCUGUUUCCUUGUCUCCUCACUCCGCUGCCGCCUCCACCACAUUGUUCUCAUGAUUGGGACCUGUUAGUGGUAGUUGUUUCUGUUUUAAACGUUCACACCCCUAUUGUAUACUUUACCAUAUCAGAAAUGUAUGUACUACUGUUACGACUACUACGACUCACCUCUAUCCUGCCGACUGCCUUGUAGGGCAACAGCAAAGCUAACCUCUUAGUAGUAGCCAGGAUCUGCCAGCUUUACCCCAACACCAUUUUAUAUAUACACCUAAUAUAUAUACAGUGGGGAGAACAAGUAUUUGAUACACUGCCGAUUUUGCAGGUUUUCCUACUUACAAAGCAUGUAGAGGUCUGUAAUUUGUAUCAUAGGUACACUUCAACUGUGAGAGACGGAAUCUAAAACAAAAAUCCAGAAAAUCACAUUGUAUUGUUUUUAAGUAAUUAAUUUGCAUUUUAUUGCAUGACAUAAGUAUUUGAUACAUCAGAAAAGCAGAACUUAAUAUUUGGUACAGAAACCUUUGUUUGCAAUUACAGAGAUCAUACGUUUCCUGUAGGUCUUGACCAGGUUUGCACACACUGCAGCAGGGAUUUUGGCCCACUCCUCCAUACAGACCUUCUCCAGAUCCUUCAGGUUUCGGGGCUGUCGCUGGGCAAUACGGACUUUCAGCUCCCUCCAAAGAUUUUCUAUUGGGUUCAGGUCUGGAGACUGGCUAGGCCACUCCAGGACCUUGAGAUGCUUCUUACGGAGCCACUCCUUAGUUGCCCUGGCUGUGUGUUUCGGGUCGUUGUCAUGCUGGAAGACCCAGCCACAACCCAUCUUCAAUGCUCUUACUGAGGGAAGGAGGUUGUUGGCCAAGAUCUCGCGAUACAUGGCCCCAUCCAUCCUCCCCUAAAUACGGUGCAGUCGUCCUGUCCCCUUUGCAGAAAAGCAUCCCCAAAGAAUGAUGUUUCCACCUCCAUGCUUCACGGUUGGGAUGGUGUUCUUGGGGUUGUACUCAUCCUUCUUCUUCCUUCAAACACAGCGAGUUUAGACCAAAAAGCUAUAUUUUUGUCUCAUCAGACCACAUGACCUUCUCCCAUUCCUCCUCUGGAUUAUCCAGAUGGUCAUUGGCAAACUUCAGACGGGCCUGGACAUGCGCUGGCUUGAGCAGGGGGACCUUGCGUGCGCUGCAGGAUUUUAAUACAUGACGGCGUAGUGUGUUGCUAAUGGUUUUCUUUGAGAAUGUGGUCCCAGCUCUCUUCCGGUCAUUGACCAGGUCCUGUUGUGUAGUUCUGGGCUGAUCUCUCACCUUUCUCAUGAUCAUUGAUGCCCCACCAGGUGAGAUCUUGCAUGGAGCCCCAGACCGAGGGUGAUUGACCGUCAUCUUGAACUUCUUCCAUUUUCUAAUAAUUGCGCCAACAGUUGUUGCCUUCUCACCAAGCUGCUUGCCUAUUGUCCUGUAGCCCAUCCCAGCCUUGUGCAGGUCUACAAUUUUAUCCCUGAUGUCCUUACACAGCUCUCUGGUCUUGGCCAUUGUGGAGAGGUUGGAGUCUGUUUGAGUGUGUGGACAGGUGUCUUUUAUACAGGUAACGAGUUCAAACAGGUGCAGUUAAUACAGGUAAUGAGUGGAGAACAGGAGGGCUUCUUAAAGAAAAACUAACAGGUCUGUGAGAGCCGGAAUUCUUACUGGUUGGUAGGUGAUCAAAUACAUAAUGUCAUGCAAUAAAAUGCAAAUUAAUUACUUAAAAAUCAUACAAUGUGAUUUUCUGGAUUUUUGUUUUAGAUUCCGUCUCUUACAGUUGAAGUGUACCUAUGAUAAAAAUUACAGACCUCUACAUGCUUUGUAAGUAGGAAAACCUGCAAAAUCGGCAGUGUAUCAAAUACUUGUUCUCCCCACUGUGUGUAUGUAUAUAUAUAUAUAUAUAUAUAUAUAUAUAUAUAUAUACUGUUAUGUUAUUGUUCUCCCAUAGGUCAUAACAUCUACAGUAACAUCCUGGGCUUCCUGGGUGGCGUCUCCUGGGCCAUGCUGGUAGCCAGGACCUGCCAGCUCUACCCCAACGCCGUGGCCUCCACCCUCGUACACAAGUUCUUCCUGGUCUUCUCCAAGUGGUGAGCAGUCUCUGUCUUUUAGACAUUCUCUGUGACCUGUUUUCAGAUGGUCAUUCGUUUUUCUGUGCUUUGCCAGUGACGCGUCGUUUUGUCUGAAGUGAUUUAUGAACGAGGGUUUCCGUGGUGCCGGACAACGUGACCGGGAAGAUUUAUAUUUGCUGUCCGUUUUGAGGUCUUUACCGGACCCAUAUGCAUUGGGUGCAUAACCAAUUAGGGAAUCCAUCCACGGUGCUCAGAAUUACAGAAAUCACAUUUAGUUUAUAGUAAUGCAUCUUACGAAAUGGCGCCGGAGAAGAUGGCUGCCCUUUUACAGCCCUCUAACCAAUUGUACUAUUAUGUGUCUUUUUCCGCGUUAUUUGUAAUUUAUUUUGUACAUAAUGUUUCUGCCAUCGUCUCUUAUAACCAAAUAGAGCUUCUGGAUAUCAGGACAGUGAUUACUCACCUCGUAUUGGACCAAAAAAAAUUUAUUCAACGAGGCGGCCGCGAAGGAUAUCCUACAGACACCCGACAAGGCCCAAAUCCCCGUCAUUCGCAUGAGGAAGAGACGGAGAUAUCGUGGACGUAGGUCGUGGUGCCUUGUAAGGAUCCGACGGCGAGCGAGUAAACUGCCUCUUCCAUCAAUCCUAUUAGCCAAUCUUCAAUCUUGGAUGACCUAAGAUUACGGUUAUCCUACCAACGGGACAUUAAAAACUGUAAUAUCUUAUGUUUCACCGAGUUGUGGCUGAACGAUGACAUGGAUAAUAUACAGCUAGCGGGCUAUAUGCUACAUCGGCAGGAUAGAACGGCUGACUCCGGUAAGACAAGGGGUGGCGGUCUGUGUAUAUUUGUAAACAACAGCUGGUGCACAAAAUCAAAUACUAAGGAAGUCUCGAGGUUUUGCUCGCCUGAGGUAGAGUAUCUUAUGAUAAGCUGUAGAACACACUAUUAACCAAGAGAGUUUUCAUCUAUAUUUUUCAUAGCUGUCUAUUUACCACCACAAACCAAUGCUGGCAUUAAGAUUGCACUGAAUGAGCUGUAUAAGGCCAUAAGUCAACAGGAAAGCGCUCAUCCAGAGGCAGCGCUCCUAGUGGCCGGGGACUUUAAUGCAGGGAAACUUAAAUCCGUUCUACCUAAUUUCUACCAGCAUGUUAAAUGUGCAACCAGAGGGAAAAAAACUCUAGACCACCUUUACUCCACACACAGAGACGCAUACAAAGCUCUCCCUCGCCCUCCAUUUGGCAAAUCUGACCAUAACUCUAUCCUGCUGAUUCCUGCUUAUAAGCAAAAACUAAAGCAGGAAGCACCAGUGACUCGGUUAAUAAAAAAGUGGUCAGAUAACGCAGAUGCUAAGCUACAGGACUGUUUUGCUAGCACAGACUGGAACAUGUUCCGGGAUUCUUCAGAUAGCAUUGAGGAGUACACCACAUCAGUCACUGGCUUCAUCAAUAAGUGCAUCGAUGAUGUCGUCCCCACAGUGACCGUACGUACAUACCCCAACCAGAAGCCAUGGAUUACAGGAAACAUCCGCACUGAGCUAAAGGGUAGAGCUGCCGCUUUCAAGGAGCGGGACUCUAACCCGGACGCUUAUAAGAAAUCCCGCUAUGCCCUCCGACGAACCAUCAAACAGGCAAAGAGUCAAUACAGGACUAAGAUUGAAUCGUACUACACCGGCUCUGACGCUCGUCGGAUGUGGCAGGGCUUGAAAACUAUUACAGACUACAAAGGGAAGCACAGCCGCGAGCUUCCCAGUGACACAAGCCUACCAGACGAGCUAAACCACUUCUAUGCUCGCUUCGAGGCAAGCAACACUGAAGCAUGCAUGAGAGCACCAGCUGUUCCAGAUGACUAUGUGAUCACGCUCUCCGUAGCCGAUGUGAGUAAGACUUUUAAGCAGGUCAACAUUCACAAGGCCGCAGGGCCAGACGGAUUACCAGGACGUGUACUCCGAGCAUGUGCUGACCCACUGGCAAGUGUCUUCACUGACAUUUUCAACCUGUCCCUGACUGAGUCUGUAAUACCAACAUGUUUCAAGCAAGACCACCAUAGUCCCCGUGCCCAAGGACACUAAGAUAACCUGCCUAAAUGACUACCGACCCGUAGCACUGACGACUGUAGCCAUGAAGUGCUUUGAAAGGCUGGUCAUGGCUCACAUCAACACCAUUAUCCCAGAAACCCUAGACCCACACCAAUUUGCAUACUGCUCCAACAGAUCCACAGAUGAUGCAAUCUCUAUUGCACUCCACACUGCCCUUUCCCACCUGGACAAGAGGAACACCUACGUGAGAAUGCUAUUCAUUGACUACAGCUCAGCAUUCAACACCAUAGUGCCCUCAAAGCUCAUCACUAAGCUAAGGAUCCUGGGACUAAACACCUCCCUCUGCAACUGGAUCCUGGACUUCCUGACGGGCCGCCCCCAGGUGGUAAGGGUAGGUAACAACACAUCUGCCACACUGAUCCACAACACGGGGGCACCUCAGGGGUGCGUGCUCAGUCCCUUCCUGUACUCCUUGUUCACCCAUGACUGUAUGGCCAGACACGACUCCAACACCAUCAUUAAGUUUGCCGACGACACCACAGUGGUAGGCCUGAUCACCGACAACGAUGAGACAGCCUAUAGGGAGGAGGUCAGAGACCUGGCCGUGUGGUGCCAGGAUAACAACCUCUCCCUCAACGUGACCAAGAAAAAGGAGAUGAUUGUGGACUACAGGAAGAAAAAAAAAGAAGAGGACUGAGCACGCCCCCAUUCUCAUCGACGAGGCUGUAGUGGAACAGGUUGAGAGCUUCAAGUUCCUUGGUGUCCACAUCACCAACGAACUAUCAUGGUCCAAACACACCAAGACAGUCGUGAAGAGGGCACGACAAAGCCUAUUCCCCCUCAGGAGACUGAAAAGAUUCGGCAUGGGUCCUCAGAUCCUCAAAAAAUUAUACAGCUGCACCAUCGAGAGCAUCCUGACUGGUUGCAUCACCGCCUGGUAUGGCAACUGCUUGGCCUCCGACCGCAAGGCACUACAGAGGGUAGUGCGUACGGCCCAGUACAUCACUGGGGCCAAGCUUCCUGCCAUCCAGGACCUCUAUACCAGGCGGUGUCAGAGGAAGGCCCUCAAAAUUGUCAAAGACUCCAGCCACCCUAGUCAUAGACUGUUCUCUCUGCUACCGCACGGCAAGCGGUCCCGGAGUGCAAAGUCUAGGUCCAAAAGACUUCUCAACAGCUUCUACCCCCAAGCCAUAAGACUCCUGAACAGCUAAUCAUGGCUACCCGGACUAUAUUUGCACUGCCCCCCCCACCCCAUCUUUUUACGCUGCUGCUACUCUGUUAAUUAUUUAUGCAUAGUCACUUUAACUCUACCCACAUGUACAUAUUACUUCAACUACCUCUACUAGCCGGUGCCCCCGCACAUUGACUCUGCACCGGUACCCCCCCCUGUAUAUAUAGCCUCCCUACUGUUAUUUUAUUUGACUUCUGCUCUCUUUUUCUCAACACUUUUUUGUUGUUUUAUUUUACAUUUUUAUAAAAAAUAAAUGCACUGUUGGUUAAGGGCUGUAAGUAAGCAUUUCACUGUAAUGUCUGCACCUGUUGUAUUCGGCGCAUGUGGCCAAUAAAAUUUGAUUUGAUUUAACAGAACAUGCAUCUCCUCUAAUGAAGCAGCCAAUAUAACGUUAUUUUCAAACAUUUGCCAAAAUGCAAUUUGCGGGAACACCAUUAUAAACAGAGCACCUGGAAAAGCACAAUUUUAAACAGUGCACCUGAUAGCGGUUCCAUAUGUGACAGAGAUGGAAAUCUCUGUUAGAGACUUAGAAAGAGGGGGAAUCUAAAGAUGCAACAACUAGGAUGGAUUGCUGAAAUGACUAGGAUUGUGCCCUUUGCUUCUGGACAACGAAAAAGUUGAUAUGAAAACCAAUAGAACAGUUGAAAUGGCAUAGCUGUGGGUCCAGUAGGAAAGUAAAUGGAAAUGUGCCAAAAUUAUAUAAUUACUCCAUUCUAUACAUAAAAUAAUUCAGAAAUACUUUAACAGAAAACAUAACUUAGACACAGAGGAAUAAAUGUACCGUUAAUCCGUGUCAUUUGUUGAUGCAUGUACUAAUUAGUAAUUUCUCGUUCUCGGAGUGGAAACGUUCUUUGCGGAGUUAACAACUUGCUACACUUGUGAGAAACACAUUUUGGUUUAUUACAUAACCAUCAUUUUUUAAAUUAUAUUUUGUUUGGAGUGCUCCAUGUGAGCAAUGAGCAUGGGUCUGGUUUAUCUGUCUUGUGUGUUUAAGAAUAUAUAUAUAUAUAUUAUUUUUAAUUAGGGGAUAGAUCAGCUUUAAUAUUGCAGAUAGAUUGUAACUUCCGUCAAUGUAAUUGUCUGCAUCACUUCCAAUAAGUUUUUUUUAUUUCUCGCAUAUAUAUAUACAGUGGGGAGAACAAGUAUUUGAUACACUGCCGAUUUUGCAGGUUUUCCUACUUACAAAGCAUGUAGAGGUCUGUAAUUUUUAUCAUAGGUACACUUCAACUGUGAGAGACGGAAUCUAAAACAAAAAUCCAGAAAAUCACAUUGUAUGAUUUUUAAGUAAUUAAUUUGCAUUUUAUUGCAUGACAUAAGUAUUUGAUCACCUACCAACCAGUAAGAAUUCCGGCUCUCACAGACCUGUUAGUUUUUCUUUAAGAAGCCCUCCUGUUCUCCACUCAUUACCUGUAUUAACUGCAACUGUUUGAACUCGUUACCUGUAUAAAACGCACCUGUCCACACACUCAAUCAAACAGACUCCAACCUCUCCACAAUGGCCAAGACCAGAGAGCUGUGUAAGGACAUCAGGGAUAAAAUUGUAGACCUGCACAAGGCUGGGAUGGGCUACAGGACAAUAGGCAAGCAGCUUGAUGAGAAGGCAACAACUGUUGAUGCAAUUAUUAGAAAAUGGAAGAAGUUCAAGAUGACGGUCAAUCACCCUCGGUCUGGGGCUCCAUGCAAGAUCUCACCUCGUGGGGCAUCAAUGAUCAUGAGGAAGGUGAGGGAUCAGCCCAGAACUACACGGCAGGACAUGGUCAAUGACCUGAAGAGAGGUGGGACCACAGUCUCAAAGAAAACCAUUAGUAACACACUACGCCGUCAUGGAUUAAAAUCCUGCAGCGCACGCAAGGUCCCCCUGCUCAAGCCAGCGCAUGUCCAGGCCCAUCUGAAGUUUGCCAAUGACCAUCUGGAUGAUCCAGAGGAGGAAUGGGAGAAAGUCAUGUGGUCUGAUGAGACAAAAAUAUAGCUUUUUGGUCUAAACUCCACUCGCCGUGUUUGGAGGAAGAAGAAGGAUGAGUACAAACCCAAGAACACCAUCCCAACCGUGAAGCAUGGAGGUGGAAACAUCAUUAUUUGGGGAUGCUUUUCUGCAGAGGGGACAGGACGACUGCACCGUAUUGAGGGGAGGAUGGAAUGGGCCAUGUAUUGCGAGAUCUUGGCCAACAACCUCCUUCCCUCAGUAAGAGCAUUGAAGAUGGGUCGUGGCUGGGUCUUCCAGCAUGACAACGACCCGAAACACACAGCCAGGGCAACUAAGGAGUGGCUCCGUAAGAAGCAUCUCAAGGUCCUGGAGUGGCCUAGCCAGUCUCCAGACCUGAACCCAAUAGAAAAUCUUUAGAGGGAGUUGAAAGUCUGUAUUUCCAAGCGACAGCUCCUAAACCUGAAGGAUCUGGAGAAGGUCUGUAUGGAGGAGUGGGCCAAAAUCCCUGCUGCAGUGUCUGCAAACCUGGUCAAGACCUACAGGAAACGUAUGAUCUCUGUAAUUGCAAACAAAGGUUUCUGUACCAAAUAUUAAGUUCUGCUUUUCUAAUGUAUCAAAUACUUAUGUCAUGCAAUAAAAUGCAAAUUAAUUACUUAAAAAUCAUACAAUGUGAUUUUCUGGAUUUUUGUUUUCGAUUCCGUCUCUCACAGUUGAAGUGUACCUAUGAUAAAAAUUACAGACCUCUACAUGCUUUGUAAGUAGGAAAACCUGCAAAAUCGGCAGUGUAUCAAAUACUUGUUCUCCCCACUGUAUAUAUAUAUAUCCUUUUUUUUAACCAGCUGAGGAGCUGCAGGAUAAAUCCUGCUCAAAAUAGGCUCUGUGCGCGUCUGAUAGUUGAUGGAUAAUGUUCUGAACAAACGGAGUUAAAAAAACUAAAACGGACAACUAGAAAAAGCUCAAACCAAGUUUAUUCACCCACUGGGUCAUACAGCUGCAAAGAAAACAUACAAGUCACACAAACACAUCUUUAUACCUUCCAACUAGGUGGAGUCAUCUACUUGCAUGGCAAUUUAAUUCCACUCAAUUAUGCAUAUUGUGCUGAAUACCCUUGCUAUAGACCAAUAAGCAUGACGGUCAAAUGUGUUUCCAUUGGCUGGUAUUUCCAUCAAUGAAUAAAAAAAACAUUAUUUUGCAAUCAGAUAUUUUUGCUCCCUGUCAUUUUUACAGGCAACUUUUAUUUAUCUGCAAAAAAACAAAACAAAAAAUGGCCCAAAAGGUUAAAGUUUCCUACCGGAAACCCUGUUAUGAAAUGUGAUUCCAUAGAACACCCUUUCUAUAUUAUGGUGAGGGAUUGUUCUGCCAUUCUAGUCCUUGUGGCGGCCGCCUAAAGGUGUUUUCGAGUCGCCUAAGUCCAAAGUGUUUUUUGAUCCAGAAAAAAACCUGAUUGUCGUCACAUUUUCUCGGUGCUUGUGGCAGCUGUAAUUACUCCUGUAUUUCUUAGGACCAUAGUCAAACAAGAUGGUGUGUGUAAAGGGUUGUCUGACUGAUGGUAUACUUGGUCCGUAUCAUCACACUGAACUUGAGUUGUGUUGCAGGGAAUGGCCCAACCCUGUUCUCCUGAAGCAGCCAGAGGACUGCAACCUCAACCUGCCAGUCUGGGACCCCAGGGUAAUGUUGGUCCAUAACUAGAUUUGUUCAUACUGAUACUAGUCCUGUCCUGAGCAACACUAAUACAUAAAGGACUGUCAUAAAAAUGAAUUUAACUGCUUAAAGCAUUUUACUAGCAGAGCUGCCAAACCCCCCCCCCCCCCCCCAAAAAAAAAAAAAAAACCUUGUGAUUUUUUUAAAGGGGUUAAACACCUGUUCCUCCAGGACACAGACACAUCCCACUUGUAUUAACAAUUUUUAAAGUCUAGGGCCAGAGGUUUUUCCUGUGACCUGUACCUCGAGUCAGUCACACUUUAUUUAAUCUGUUCCAGUACAAACCAUUUGAUUCAACUGCAUUAGAGGCUGAGUAUGUCAUCAACUUGACUGAAUUGACUCCAACCCUGCUAGAGGCCCUGUAUCCCCAUUUUAAGCUCUCUGAGAAUGUAUCACUGUGUUGUUCCAGGUGACCCCCAGUGACCGGUACCACCUGAUGCCCAUCAUCACACCUGCCUACCCCCAGCAGAACUCCACCUACAACGUCUCCGCCUCCACACGGGCCGUCAUGGUGGACGAGUUCAAACAGGGUCCGUUAGCCGUCGCCAUUUCUAACUUUUAUACACAGACUUUUUGCUAUUUUUAUACAAAACCCUUCAGGUCAGAGUCCUAACUUAAGACUUGAGUGGAAAAACGUACUCAAACAUUCACAUAAACGAUACGUUGAUGUCAAAGGGAAGUUUGCUCAAAUGUACGUUUAGCGUAUCAAGUAAAUUCCGUCUAGUCUGGCCUUUUUCCCCCUUUUUUUUUCUCAAGGGGUUCCUAACGUCCUCUACUUUAUUGUAGCCUAGAUACGUUGUCUCAUCUGUAGUUUUCCUUUGGUUGUCCUCGUUGUUAAACACGUUUUCCUUCCUCCUUCCCUCCACAGGUCUGGCAAUUACAGAUGAAAUAUUGCAGAAUAAAGCAGAGUGGGCCAAACUAUUUGAAGCACCAAACUUCUUUCAGAAAUACAAGUAUGUAUUAAGCAGCUUAUCCUGUGGGACACACAUGGUGAGACAAACCAACUAUUUCAAUAAAGAUGUAUAUUUUCUAAAUAUACCAAUAUACUAUAUUUUCAGUAAAUGUGAAGUUCUCUUCUUUAUAUUCAACUGUUUAUGUAAUCCACUCAUUCAGUUUGAAUUAUUUUGUAUUAUUAAAUAUACAUUUCAGGCUUUUAGACAAGACUCAAAAGAAUCUUUCUUCUUACCUAAGCACCCUUUUUUGAUUCACCAAAUUUUUUUCACAAAAGCAAAUACAAUGUUAACGUUAUGCAGGGCCUGAAGCCCAGUGUUAUCAGUAAUAUUUAGUAUAGACUGUGCCUCUAAUGUAAGCACAACUCAAUGUUUGUAUAUUUUAAUAUUUUACUAAAGGUAGGUACUUCAGUUGUAAGGAUUCCAAUAUUAAACCGUCUCCUGGUUUUCCUUGUCUUGUUAUAUUGUGUAUCAAUUCCCAAAUAAAAUGCUUUAGUUCACAAUUUGCACAAUGUAUUUCUUGUUAGUCUUGAUUUUGUAGACAUGUCUUUUUAUUUUCCUUAUCAAGUUUCGAUCAUGAUAAAUCCGUAAAUUGUAGCACAGCGCUAGCAGGAAGCCAUGUGAAGAUUACCAAAAAUUAAAGCGUCAUUGGCACUUUCAGUUUCAUUCUAUGCAUUGUGGGUAAUGUAUAGAUCCAGAUCACUAACUCACAUCCUGGAUUCCAUUUUCAAUAUCAGUUCUGCGCAAUCUUGAGAAAUGUACUUGAGUGUUGAAAUCUGUGUAUAGAGGGAGGGAUAAAUAGCUAGAUAAGUUGUUAAUUGGUUUAUCAGUAGUAUGCAAGAGUGUGAUGAUAGGACAGUGGCCACAGUUCUGUUACCCAAGAGGCAUUGUCCUUGGAAGAGGAGGCAUUUCUUCUUUUGCAGCCCCAAUCAGAAUGCAAAGCUUUUUGCUGCCCAAUCCCCUCCCCUUUGUCUUAAGUGUUCUAUAGUGAAUGAAGUGAUCCAAUCCUCUCCUUCAUUUACCAAAAUCUUCCAUUACUGGAGUGCUCCAUUUGAAGUGUGAAAUACCAUCAAAGUCUUCUGGGAAAUCAGUUUGAUCCAUCCACCCUUUCUUGGCCAGAAAAGUUUCAGAAGAUUUUGAUAUAUUGCCUUAAGCACACCCUGGCUAAGCACACCUUCUCUGAGUUUCUGGAAGCACACGCUGCCUUAAACACAACUCCUCCUCCUCUGGGUUGCAGGCAGCACACCCUGCCUUAAACAACUGGGUUGCAGGCAGAGAAAAUGCAGCAGCACAUUCUGGAUAGCCUUUUUACAGCACUGUAGAGCCUGAAAAAAUGGAGAAUAAUUUUAAAGUGAAUAAAUACAUCCAGCCUGUGGAUUGGACAGGAGCUUUAGAGGAGACGGUCACAAUUACACUUUGAUUAUCAUCCAGGUUAGACUCUUUUACACACACCAGGCUUGAUUAACAGAUUUCAGAAUCAGACCAUCCUGCUGACUUGGGUGGUGUCCUGCUGAUUACUGCACUGGUUUCUCUGUAACUGUUGUUUGAAUAAAUCAAUCAUUUAUCCCAGGCUCAGACCUUUUAUUUUCAAUGUGGCCUGAAAAUGAAAAAACUAUCCUUUCCAUUUUUUAAUCUGCUUGUCAUUUGUAAAACUAUUUAUAUUGUUGUAACCUCAUGGGGAAAUAAUCUGAACACAAGCUCCUGUGAUUUGGUUUUCAACAAGAUGCAAGGUAGAGCUAUUCCAGACAAAGCAUAGAAAUAACUUUAUGGCGCUACUAUGGUAACUGCAUGUAGAUUGUACACAGACACACAAUACUAGUUUUGUUCAGUUAUAGUACAAUAGUGACUUUCAGGAUACUUUAAUAUUGUGGAAGACAUGUUUUAUAGACUGAAUCAGGUUCAUUCUCUGACAUUAUGAUUUGGAGUGUAAAUUAUCGUGGUACUUACAAUUGGUUUUAUCUGACUAGAUUGAUGUGCUAUGGAGAAUUUGUGGCUGCUACUGGGACAUGUUGCUCUAAGACAGUGUCACGUCAGCUAUGGAUGUUUGUGUGUCAUUUAUUGGCUUAACACACUUUGGUAUUAGUCCUGCAGUUUUUAUCAGUUUUAGUUUGAGAGAAGUGUGUUAUAAAAAAACGAUUUCCAUGACAUGCUGUGAGAGUGGUGGCGAUCUGGUCUGGGCCUAUGUGUCUGGGGCUCUCUCCUAGCCUGGGUUCGUUGCCUGGCUGCUGUCUUUAGGGUGUAAUGGGAUUGUUCUGUUUCUUAUGUUCCAAGGCAUUAUAUUGUGUUGCUAGCAAGCGCCCCCACCGAGAAGCAGCACCUGGAGUGGUGAGUACUGACUGGGAAAAAACUGGGAAAACCUUCGGAUGUGAAUUAGAUUAUAUGAGGGUGGAGCCAGUGUACAGCAUUAUUGCGUUUCAAUGUUGCUCCUAAAGCAAGAAGAUGGGUCUUUAUCAGUCUACUGUUGGGGAAUAGAUAGCUGAAAGUGUUAUUUUCUCUGUCGCUGCAGGGUUGGUCUGGUUGAGUCUAAGAUCAGGAUCCUAGUCGGGAACCUGGAGAAGAAUGAGUUCAUAACGUUGGCUCAUGUCAACCCCCAGUCAUUCCCUGGACCCAAGGAAAGUCGGGAGAAGUGAGUAUAUUACUUUAUUUUUAAUGCAAGAUUGAAAGAAGCUCUUACCUGACCAUGGACAUGGUCUACUGUUUCUUUUUCAUCAGUCUCUCCUUGUCUCUCUGUCUGUCUGUCUGUCUCUCGCUCUCUCUCUCUCUCGCUCUGUCUGUCUCUCUCGCUCUGUCUGUCUCUCGCUCUGUCUCUCUCUCUCGCUCUGUCUGUCUGUCUCUCUCUCUCGCUCUGUAUCUCUCGCUCUCGCACUGUCUGUCUGUCUGUCUCGCGCUGUCUGUAUGUCUCUCGCUCUCUGGCUCUCGCUCUCUGUCUCUCGCUCUCUGUCUCUCGCUCUCUGUCUCUCGCUCUCUGUCUCUCGCUCUCUGUCUCUCGCUCUCUGUCUCUCGCUCUCUGUCUCUCGCUCUCUGUCUCUCGCUCUCUGUCUCUCGCUCUCUGUCUCUCGCGCUCUGUCUCUCUCGCUCUCGCUCUCUCGCUCUGUCUCUCUCUCGCUCUGUCUCUCUCUCUCUCUCUCGCUCUGUCUCUCUCUCUCGCUCUGUCUCUCUCUCUCUCUCUCUCGCUCUGUCUCUCUCUCUCUCUCUCUCGCUCUGUCUCUCUCUCUCUCUCGCUCUGUCUCUCUCUCUCUUCGCUCUGUCUCUCUCUCUCUCUCUCUUCUCGCUCUGUCUCUCUCUCUCGCUCUGUCUCUGUCUCUCGCUCUGUCUCUCUCUCGCUCUGUCUCUGUCUCUGUCUCUCUCUCGCUCUGUCUCUGUCUCUCUCGCUCUGUCUCUGUCUCUCUCGCUCUGUCUCUGUCUCUCUCUCUGUCUCUGUCUCUCUCUCUCUCUCUGUCUCUGUCUCUCUCGCUCUGGUCUCUGUCUCUCUCGCUCUCUCUGUCUCUCUCGCUCUGUCUCUCUCGCUCUCUCUCUCUCGCUCUGUCUCUCUCGCUCUCUCUCUCUCUCGCUCUGUCUCUCUCUCUCUCGCUAUGUCUGUCUGUCUCUCUCGCUCUGUCGCUUCUCUCUCUCGCUCUCGCUCUGUCUCUCUCGCUCUCGCUCUGUCUCUCUCGCUCUCGCUCUGUCUCUCUCUCUCUCUCUCUCGCUCUGUCUCUCUCCUCUCUCUCGCUCUGUCUCUCUCGCUCUGUUCUCUCGCUCGUCGCUCUCGCUCUGUCUCUCUCGCUCUCGCUCUGUCUUCUCUCGCUCUGUCUCUGCUCUGUCUCUCUCGCUCUGUCGUCUCUCGCUCUCUCGCUCUCGCUCUUCGCCUCCUCGUCUCUCUCGCUCUCGCUCUGCUCUCUCUCGUCGCUCCUCGCUCUGUCUCUCUCCUCUCCUCUGUUCUCUCUCUCUCGCUCUGUCUCGUCUCUCUCUCGCUCUGUCUCUCGCUCUGUCUCUCUCUCUCUCGCUCUGUUCUCUCUCUCUCGCUCUGUCUCUCCUCCGUCUCUCUCUCUCGCUCUGUCUCUCUCUCUCUCUGCCUUCUGUCUUCUCUCUCUCGCUCUGUCUCUCUCUCUCGCUCUGUCUCUUCUCUCUCGCUCUGUCUCUCCUCUUCCUCUCGUCGUCCUCUUUCUCUCGCUCGGUCUCUCUCUCGCUCUGUCUCUCUCGCUCUGUCUCUCUCUCUCGUCUCGCUCUGUCUCUCUUCGCUCUGUCUCCUCUUCUCGCUCCCUCGUCUCUCUUCGCUCUGUCUCUCUCGCUCUGUCUCUUCUCGCUCUGUCUCUCUCGCUCUCGCUUGUCUCUCUCGCUCUCGCUCUGUCUCUCUCUCUCUCGCUCUCUCUCUCUCUCCGCUUCUGUCUCUCUCUCUCGCUCUGUCUCGGUCUCUUCUCCUCUCUCUCUCUCGCUCUUCUCUCCUCUCGCUUUUUGCGCUCUGUUCUCUCUCUCGUCUCUCUCUCUCUCGCUCUCUGUCUCUCUCUCUCGCUCUGUCUCUCUCUCUCGCUCUGUCUUCUCUCUCGCUCUCUUUCGUUCUCUCUCUGCUCUGUGCUCUCUCGCUCUCGCUCUGUCUCUCUCUCUCUCGCUCUUGUCUUUUCUCUCUCUCUCUCUCCUCUCUCGCUCUCUCUUCUCUCUCUUGUCUUCUCUUCUCUCUCUUUGCUGUCUCUCUCUCUCUCGCUCUGUUCUCUCUCUCGCUCUGUCUCUCUCUUCUCGCUCUGCUCUCUCUCUCUUGCUCCUCGCUGUCUGUCUCUCUCUCCUCUGUGUCUGUCUCUCUCUCGCUCUGUCUCUCGUUCUCUGUCUCUCUCCUCUCGCUCUGGUCUCUCUGCUGCUCUGGUCCUCUCUCUCUCGCUCUGUCUCUCUCUCUCUGUUCUCUCUCUCGUCGUCUCUCUCUCUCUCGCUCUGUUCUCUCUCGCUCUGUCUUCUCUCUCUCGCUCUGUCUCUCUCUCUCUCGCUCUGUCUCUCUCUUCUCGCUUCUCGUCUGCUCUGCUGUCUCUCUCUCUCUCGCUCUGUCUCUCCUCGCUCGCUUCUCGCUCUGUCUCUCUCUCGCUCUGUCUCUCUCGUCUCUCGCUCUGUCUCUCUCUCUGCUCCUCUCGCUCUGUCUCUUCGCUCUCGCUCUGUCUCUCUCGCUCUCUGCUCUGUCUCUCUCGCUCUCGCUCUGUCUCUCUCGCUUCGCUCUGUCUCUCUCGCUCUCGCUUCUGUCUCUCUGCUUCUCGCUCGUCUGUCUCUCUCGCUCUCGUCUCUCUUCUUCGCUCUCGCUCUGUCUCUCUCGCUCUCGCUCUGUCUCUCUCUCGCUCUGUUCUCUUCUCCUCGCUCUGUCUUGUCUCUCUCUCGCUCUGUUCUGUCUCGCUCUCGCUCUCUCUCUCGCUUCGCUCGCUCUGUUGUCUGUCUCUCUCGUCUUCGCUCUGUGUCUGUCUCUCUCCUCGCUUGUUCUGUCUCUCUCGCUCGCUCUCUCUCUCGCUCUGUCUCUCUCUCUCUCUCGCUCUGUCUCUCUCUCUCGCUCGUCCUCUUCCUCUCUCUUCUCUCUCUGUCUCUCUCUCCUCUCGUCUUCUGUCUCUCGCUCUCGCUCUGUCUCUCUCGCUCUGUCUCUCUGUGCUCUGUCUUCUCUCUCGCUCUGUCUCUCUGCUCUGUCUCUGCUCUGCUCUCUCGCUCGUUUCUCUCGGUCUCGCUCUGUUCUCUCUGUGCUCGCUGUCUCUCUGCUCUCGCUCUGUGUCUGUCUCUUCUCUCCGCUCUGUGUCUGUCUCUCGGUCUUUCUCAGAGAGGAGGUCAGCACCAUGUGGGUGAUAGGGGUCAUCUUUAAGAAGAUGGAGGCAUCAGAGAACCUCAACGUUGACCUGACAAUUGACAUCCAGUCCUUCACUGACACGGGUAUGUAUGAUCACCUCACUCAAUAUAUCUCAGUCAUACGCCAUGGGAUGUAGAAUUAGAAACAUUCCAGAUUGAUUAUUGUCCUGUUUCUAUUAUUUGACACACUGGCCUGUUAAUGUUAUAUAAAAAGGACCGUAAUCAUUGUUAUUUUCUAAAUGUUUCCUGCAGUGUACCGCCAGGCGAUGAACAGCAAGAUGUUUGAGGCGGACAUGAAGAUCCAGGCCAUGCAUGUGAAGAAGAGACAACUACACCAGCUACUGCCCAACCUGGUCAUGCCCAGACGCAGGAAGGUACGACAGACUCCCUCUAUCCCUCUACCUCUGAUCAACCUACAGCUGUAUGUGAAAGGAAACCAUUCGCAUAUGCAUUUUCAGCCCGUGGUUUUAACUAUAGAAGUGGAACAGAUAUUCUGCUGACGGCUGUAACCCGUUCUGUUCUGUUCUGUUCUGUAGCACUCUACAGAGGGGCUUCGUCAGAUGAAUGACAGUAGUCUGGACCUAUCGCUGGACAGUGACAACAGCAUGUCAGUGCCCUCACCCACGGCCGUGCCAGCUGCUGUGCCCAUGUCGACCCCAGUGAAGAGUGGCCCACUAGGUCCCCCUCCCAGCCCUAUCGCGGCUGCAGCCAGCCAGCCAGAGGUCCCAGCUUCCACCAUGUGUCCCCCAGCUGUGAAAAGACCUGGUUCCCCUAUGCAGGAAGAGAGGAAGAGGAUCAAAUCAGACGCAGAGGUAUUCUAUUCAAUAUUAAUUGUCCCAGUAGAGAAAUGAAUAGUUGUUGUGCAGCCAGGAUUUUACAGAGUGUACAACAUGUAUACACCACAUAAAAGUUGUUGCUGCCAUUUUGGGACAGUAGACUUCAGUUAUUGAUCCGGUUUGAUAAUGUUCUCCUCCCCUCUGUUUCUUGUAGGAGUCAGCCGCUGAGAGACAGCCUUCAGGAGACCCAGUCCCCAGCAGCCAGACCCCCUCUCCUCCCGCCACCAUGGGUGCCCCAGCGGCCCCCCAGACCCCCUCUCCUCCCGCCACCUUGGGUGCCCCAGCGGCCCACAAGACCCUCUCUCCUCCCCCCACCGUGGGUGCCCCAGCGGCCCACAAGACCCCCUCUCCUCCCCCCACCUUGGGUGCCCCAGCUGCCCACAAGACCCCCUCUCCUCCCCCCACCUUGGGUGCCCCAGUGGCCCACAAGACCCCUGACCAGGAGGUGCUGGAAGAGGAGAGCCCUGAGGAGCACCAGAUGGAGGAGGACUCCUCCGUAGUCCCAGAGACGAAGAGGACGGAGGAUAGUGCUGCAGCUACCUCUGUGGAGGCAGAGGUACACAACAAGCUUAUCAUGUCCCAAUUUCAUGUAUGGAUACCAUUUUUGUGUCUCUGCGUCUCCUAAUGUAUUGCACAAGUUGACUGCAGGUAUUUACUUAUAAAUUACAAUUAUUCAAAUGUAUUGAAAAACGUCAUCGUUUUUUUGGACGGUAUUGAAAAACCAGCCCGUGGCUUUUUCCAAAUGCCCUGGUAUAUACGGUAUACCACCCAAGCCUAGUAGUUGUGAUAAACUGUUAUGUGGGUCCUGGUGUUCCCAGGUCAACGAGGACAAUAUAUCUGAGGAGAUGGCUGCUUCUGAAGGGGAAGUGAAGAUGGAGGCAGACAUUAAGGUAACGGUAAACAUUACAUUAACAAAGGAGUCUCAUUUUCUCUCACUCAUAAUUCUAAGUAGGCUACAGAUACUUUUCUGAAAAUCUCCUCUUUGGUCUGUUUAUAUAGUGCGUUUUACAGCCAAACUACAACUUAAUAAUCUUUCUCUACCCUCAGAGAAUUGUCAGUGCGGAUCUGUCAGACGUGCCUCUCUUGCCAGCCAACCACAUUCCAGUGGUGAAGAACUCCAUCAAGCUUCGUCUCAGCAGAUAG